AAAUAGAGGGAGUGCCGUAUACACAGUUUCCUUAGCAACGCCUGCUGCACAGUUAUACGGCAAAGACUAUAGAGUGUUGAAUCCGUUUUAAAUUGAAAAGUUUUGGUCUUUCAUCGAAGCGAAAGCAACGCGAACUCUUUUAGUUUAAUAGUUGCGAAUGUGAACACGUCUACGUUGUCGAAUUUUCAAGAGGACAACACUUAAAGACGAUUCAACCCCAUUGUAGAUGGUUUGGUUUGAGAGGUCCCACGUACCCUACACCUGUCAAGGAAGAGCAAAGAUGAGCGAGCCACAGGAGGUCCUCAUCCACUAUGAUGUACCACCUGAGAGCAUCUAAGCCAGAGUCUGAGAGGGACUCUGGUUUCUCAGGUGUUACAAACACACAAAUGUACACCCUGCCUCUCUAUCAACUCUAAUCCACAAAUCUAGGCCACCACCAUUUCCUCACCACUUCCUCACCAGGAGUGGUGACCUAUUUUCUUUGCUAUGGGUUCACUCAGCUAUGACUAGAUGCCAGCUCUGGGUACCUGAGUGCGAUGGACCAAACUGACUCUGAGGACAUGGUGAGGGCCCCAGGUCCCCAGGUGGCUGUAGCCGGAGGAUCCUACCCUGGCCUCUCCCCCAUGAUCAUCAUGAACAACAUAGUCCUGAAUCUGCCAAGCCCAAUGUCUCCAGUAGUAAAGCCCUGGGGCUUCCCUUCCUCCCUGGAGAUUCUCCCCCAGUCCCAGGUGGUCCUCCUCCAUCCCAUGGUCCCCAACGGCAGCAACAACAUCAGUAACAACAUCUCUCCAAAGCGUGCCUCAGACAAGCACCGGGACUCAAGGAAUAACUACCUGCCCAUACUGAAAUCCUACCCCAAAAUCGCCCCUCACCCUGGGGAGAGCUCCUCCAGGAGUCAGGGGGCCUCUUCUGCUGAGAGGGGAAGUUCAACGCCCGGGUAUCACGGGAGGCGUAACCGGGGGUAUCGUCACCAUGGCAACAAACUGUACAGCUCCCAUAGCCCCCAGCCAAGGCCUCUGACACCACUCCAAACAGUGGCCACCUUAGAGGUUGUUGACAAACAAACACAGCUGGCCAGCUCUCAGAAGCUGCCAAUACCUCAGUUCCUAGGCAUGCCUCACUCCCUGGGCACUGAGGCCACUGCUGUAGUCUCCAAUAAAUGUGCUUCUGUGUCGGAGGCGAGCAGUUGCCAAGGCGACAGCGACCGCUGCCAGGACGGCCUGUCCACAGACAACAACAAAGGUAAACGCUUCAGCAACACCUACAACAUCCUCAGCAACUCUGGCCUGCUGGGCAUAACGCUACGCAUCAAGGAGCUGAUCAGGCAGAACCGGCGCACCCAGGGCCAUUUGAAGCAGCUGCAGGAGCAGACAGAUCUGUUUGUGGAGGCCCUGGGCAGUGGUGACCCCCUGGUCUGGACUAGGCUCCAGCUGACCCUGCAGCUAGACACAGACUCUGCCAGGGCUGAGGAGGGGCAGUGUCAGGCCAUGGAUCCACAGGGCAUCCUGGCAUAAGACACUAGCAGAAGGAGGUGCAUGGAUCAUAAGCACACCUGCUGUAAACCAGUACAAAUGGAGAAACGCGCUUAACACUUGAACCCUUGCCUAUAAUCAGUGUUCUGUUUAAAUAGCAAGUACUGCGUGCAAUAGGGCUAUGGCUUCUAGAUUUAAUACAUCUAUCAAUACAUGCAGGGAAUAGAUAUGGAUAAAAUAAUACAAUGAAUUAAUCCGUACCUGGCCAGAACAGUAACUGCUUUAUUAUGGGGGGGAAAUCACUUUAUGACAUCGAUAAUCAUUUUUGGGACCAAAUUGUAAAGAGGAUCUAAGUACACCAGACAUCAGAGGUUUGUGUACAUCUUGGCCAUGUUGAACAUCUUGGCCAUGUUCUGUUAUAAUCACCACCCGGCACAGCCAGAAGAGGACUGGCCACCCCUCAUAGCCUGGUUCCUCUCUAGGUUUCUUCCUAGGUUUUGGCCUUUCUAGGGAGUUUUUCCUAGCCACCGUGCUUCUACACCUGCAUUGCUUGCUGUUUGGGGUUUUUCGGCUGGGUUUCUGUACAGCACUUCGAGAUAUUAGCUGAUGUACGAAGGGCUAUAUAAAAUAAACUUGAUUUGAUUUGUGUACAUUUAAAAAUUGCUUUAAAAACUUUAACCAAUGAGGAGAGAUUAAGAAGAGCUCUAAGAAUAUUUCAUAGUUGAUCGUAUUUAGUCAGAGAAUAAUUUAGCUAGUCUAGCAAUAUGUCCUCUUCAGUAUUUGUCAGUACUAGACUAUCGCAGUGCUCAACUGUAUAUUACUGAUUGUGAUUCUUUAGAGGGCUGUACAUAAAUCUUUUGUAUUAUUAUUAUGUAUUUUUUUUAGGUAUGUACAUCUAGUGAAAUAUGGCCUUGUUGAUGUUGCUAUUUCUUUUAAACCUGCCUUUGAAUUAGGACAACAUCAAUAACUGAAUAGAGUACAGUUAAACACCAUAGUUACAAUGCGUCUUCUAUUAAUUAAAGACCAAAAAAUGAAUGCCUGUUAAAUGCAGAAAAUUAUAGCUACUGAAGUGACGGCACCCAUUCUUAUGUAGGUUAUUGAAAUACUGUCUUGCAUUAUACACUGAACAAAAAUAUAAACGCAACAUGUAAAGUGUUGGUCCCAUGUUUCAUGAGCUGAAAUAAAAGAUCUCAGAAAGGUUCCAUACGCAAAAAAGCUUCUUUCUCUCAACAACAAAAAAUGUCCAACCCUGUUAAUGAACAUUUCUCCUUUGCCAAGAUAAUCCAUCCACCUGACAGGUGUGGCAUAUCAAGAAUCUGAUUAAACAGCAUGAUCAUUACACAGGUGCACCAUGUGCAGGGGACAAUAAGGCCACUCUAAAAUGUGCAGUUGCCAUAGAUGUCUCAAGUCUUUUGAGGGAGUGUGCAAUUGGCAUGCAGACUGCAAGAAUGUCUACCUGAGCUUUUGCCAUAGAAUGUAAUGGUAAUUUCUACCAUAAGCCACCUCCAACAUUGUUUUAUAGAAUCUGGCAGUACGUCCAAUUGGCCUCACAAUGCAGACGACGUGUAGGGUGUUGUGUGGGCGAGCGCUUUGCUGAUGUCAACGUUGUGAACUGAGUGCCCCAUGGUGGCGGUUGGGUUAUGGUAUGGACAGGCUUAAGCUACGGACAACAAACACAAUUGCAUUUUAUCGAUGGCAAUUUGAAUGCACAGAGAUACGUGAUGAGGUCCUGAGGCCCAUUGUCGUGCCAUUUAUCCGCCGCCAUCACCUGUUUCAAUAUGAUAAUGCACGGCCCCAUGUCACAAGCAUCUGUCCAGAAUUCCUGGAAGCUGAAAAUGUCCCAGUUCUUCCAUGGCCUGCAUACUCACCAGACAUGUCACCCAUUGAGCAUGUUUGGGAUGCUCUGGAUCAACGUGUUUGACAACGUGUUCCAGUUCCUGCCAAUAUCCAGCAACUUCGCACAGCCAUUGAAGAGGAGUGGGACAACAUUCCACAGGCCACAAUCAACAGCCUGAUCAACUCUAUGAGAAGAGGUGUCGCCAUGCAUGAGGCAAAUGGUGGUCACACCAGAUACUGACUGGUUUUGUGAUCCACGCCCCUACCAUUUUUUUUAAAGGUAUCUAUGACCAAUUUAUGCAUAUCUGUUUUCCCAGUCAUGUGAAAUCCAUAGAUUAGGGGCUAAAGAAUUAAUUUCAAUUGACUGAUUUCCUUAUAUGAACUGUAACUAUUUAAAGUUCAUAUAAUUUAUGUUGUUGUGUUAUUUUUGUUCAGUAUAGGUUGUACUAUAUAUGACGUCAUAAUAUUUAAUUCAAUAUUUGAGUUGAGGAACAACCCCCGUGGUUGCUGGCUAAUAAAACAUUUCUUAAUGAUAAUGUUUUGAUUCAGAUCUGAGGAGCCAGAUGGCUGAUGAAUAGUAGCAUUGUGUUGAUUGUUAUCUCUCUCUAACUUGAACUAGUCCUUCACAUACUGCAUUGUACAUAACACAGAAAGAACUGUUGAAUACUUUUUAUAUUUGAAGUUAUUACUAGUCAGCUCAUUUGUAAUUUACUAGAAUCCCACUCUUUGUAAUUUACUAGAAUCCCACUCUUUGUAAUUUACUGGAAUCCCACUCUUUGUAAUUUACUAGAAUCCCACUCUUUGUAAUUUACUAGAAUCCCACUCUGUAAUUUACUAGAAUCCCACUCUUUGUAAUUUACUAGAAUCCCACUCUGUAAUUUACUAGAAUCCCACUCUCUGUAAUUUACUAGAAUCCCACUCUUUGUAAUUUACUAGAAUCCCACUCUCUGUAAUUUACUAGAAUCCCACUCUUUGUAAUUUACUAGAAUCCCACUCUUUGUGCUAAAGUGUCUUCAGCUGAAGCAGUUCUUGUUUUAAAGACUUUACUGGAACAUUCAUGUAGGGGGAGUGGUAAAAAAUAGCUUGGAAGUGAUCAUAUUUAUAUAUUCAAAUGCUAUUAGGAAUGAAUACUUAUUCAAAGAUUUUGUAUUUUAAAUGUUUUUCCUAAACGCAAAGAAAGAAAAACUAAAAUGAAAUGAUGUAACUUGCGUAAGUUACAUCAUUUCAUUUUAGUUUUUCUUUCUUUGUGUUUUGGACAAUUAUUUGAUUGUGCCAAUAAAAUGCUCUUUGUUCUUUAACUUUAACAAGAGAAAGUACUGCCAGAUGUCAGUCAUACAUGUGUAUGUCCCGGGAAUGACAAAAUACUGAAAUGUAGGCCUAAUGCUCUUCUGGUUUUGUCCAGUGUGAUUAGAUUUUUUGUUACAGUAGCUCUCAGUAUUUUCUUGACUGUACAUCUAUUUACUAGAAUGUAGCAUUUGGUAAUAGAAGUCUGUUUAACUUACAACUGUUGUAGGUACUGAUAAUUAAUUUAUAAAUGUUACAAUGGCUCUCAAAGGUUUAGGUAAGCUAUCCUUUUCAAACUAUUGGCUCUCUAGUAAUACAGUAACUAGCUUUGUGUUGUGUGUUUUUAGUGAUUUGGAGGUAUUGAUAUGUUAUCGAAAUUGGUAUGGCAAAAUACUGCGACCAUCAGUACAAAGUAAAGUACAUGAAAAUUCUAGCUUUGGAGAAUAGCACAAAGACAUGCCGUUUUAACCAUCAUUUACUGAAGUGCACUUUUUUCUACUUUUUUAAAGAAAUAUUGUUUGCAUUGACAUGGUUGCUUAAUAAACAGUGGUUUUGAAAUGA